CUCAGGUGGGUAGCUUACCUUUGCGGUCAUGUGACACCUCAGUGAACUACAGCGGGGUAAAGGUGGACUGUUUUGUGCCUCACUGACUGUAAUUUGACUGCCGCCCUCAGAGUGCCCGUCAGUCAGUCGACUUUCUGUCUGUCAGUGAAGUUCACCUGGAAACUUUACUAUUCGUCCAAUAUGUCCAUCAGUCGGAAAAACUGGUCGGCUUUGUCCAGCCUAGCGCGUCAAUGGACAAUGGAAGAUGAGGAGGAAGUGGAGAGGGAGAAGAGAAGGAGGGUGAAGAGCUCAAGCGGCGACCCCGACGCUGACUUCAGUACAUCACCUGGAAGCACACCCACCAGUGACAGCACCCGUGGGGCAGACUCCACAAGUGAGACGUCCCAGGGUCUCAGCAGCGUGGAGCAGAUGCAACUGGACUUUGUGGAGAUGCUGCGUGUCCGCGAUGAGAAGCGGAGGAUGCGGCAUGUGGAGACGCUGAGACGACAGAAGGAGGUAGGGGAUGAUGGAGCGGAAGCUAACAGAGAAGAAGGAGGCGGCCUCUCAGGAGGCGCAAGGGUCGAGCUACUUGGGGACUUGGAUGAGGGGCAGGGCAGUGCACCCCCCUUGGUCAAAACCAAACCACAACCACCCCAAAAAACAGCCUCUUACAAUCCCAGCAGCAGCAGCAGCAAAACCAGCACUAACAUCACAGACAGACAACAUGAAAACGGAGAGUCAUCGGGCAGAGACCCUGAUCCCAAGCCGCCGUCCAACUCAGCUCGCAAGUUUGUCAGUUCUGUCUCCAUCUCGCUCGACAAGAGUCCCUCUGCCAGCGGGAGCACAACUCCCAUGAGCCCUUGCUCUCCAACAACCCCCAUGUCACCUCGAGGACAGUGGCCUUCGUCCUGUCAGAGUCCCUCACCUAGGGGAGCUCAAAGCCCUUUUGAGAACGGACACACACAGGAGACCAGUGUGAAUGACUCUUCUGCCUUUGAACAGUCUACCAAACCUGCCUUUGUCAGACAGAGCUCCAGGACCUUAUCUUUCAGGAUGAUGAAGAAGAAAGAGGAAGAUAGCUCACCACUGCAGAGGAGUGCAAGUGUCAGGGUGGCAUCCAAGAAGUUUGAAUCCAGCACAAGCCAAAAUGAAGAUGAAGACAAAGCAUCAUCCUUCCAGAGGAACUCUAGGCAGAGGAUUUCAUCCCGGUCCAUUCAGGAGAAGAUGCAGAGACUGGCCCAGGCUGCACAGAAAUCUGAAGUGACCAAGUCUCCAGAUGUGACCCAGAGGACCCUCUUCCUGAUGGAGGAGGUGUCCAGGAAGAGAGGCCUCUUUGAGAAGGAGCAGCAGGCAGCGAACCCAACCAGCCCUGGAGUUUCCAGACAGGAAUUCAGAACCUUCACGUCAGGAAUGUCGGACCGGAUCAACCGCUGGCUCAACAAGACCAACCAACCUGGCUCUUCACAAAGUCCCUCGGACUUGAGACAUGUGGACAUCACCAGCAAGAGGAGCCUGUUUGAGAGCAAAGGGGAGGACGGUGUUGCAAACACCAGCCCAGGAAAAGUCUACAAGUGAAGGACGUCCACUAGGAAAUCAGAAGAUGAUGAGAGGAGAAGGAGAAAACUGGAAGAUUAAUGGAUGCAAGACUGACUGAUUGUUUCUUCAUGCUUUUUAUGUUUUGUUUUGUUUUUCUUUGCUGCCAAAGUGCACAGAAGCAGCAGAUAGGAGAAAUAGAGAAAAAAGCCUACAAAAAGAGUUGUAGCUUUAGAGAACUGAAAAGGAGGAUACUGCUUCUAUUACACACUUUUACAUUGCUUCUUAAAGUAUAAAUAUACCAAAUUUCAAACAUUAAAAUAUAAGAGGAAGACGUUUAAUAUGUGAGGAAAAGAGUAAAAAGAAAUAGCAGAAAUAUUUGUUUUAAAAGUCUUCAGCUAUUUUGCUUUUGUGUAAUUUGUCAAGCACUUUAAACAAGUGAAGGUCUUAAGGUUAAUGAUAUCUAUAGAUACCUAUGUUUAUUGAAUUACAGCGGUGGAAAUUCUGGAGCUUUAAUUGUAUGUUUUUAUCUAAUCUGCCAAAAUCUCAUUUUUGUUUUGUCUGUCCUUAUGGGCAGGAUGCUGCCUGCUUAAGGAAUAAAAGGUUUUAAUACU